CUUGUCCACCUCUGACGAACACGGCUCCGUGCAAGGCGCUCACAGGCCGCGUGUCGAUGGCGCGGCGGGCUCUGCUGGUGCACGCCUUCGUGGCCCUGCUGUCGAGCGCGCCCUGCCUGGGCGACCGGAGGCAGUUCGAGCUCGCCGAGGAUCGAACGAGACCGCCAGGGCGGCCGCAGCUGCCUCCAGCCGGCAGGCGGCGGGGAGCAACGCCACAGCCGCGCAGGCGGCGCAGGGCCGGGCGGCGAGCGCCUCCGCCGCUUGGGCCGCAAGCUCGCCCGUAA